UCCAAAUACAUCUAUUUUCCCAUUCCUAUUCCCACAACUCCAAAUUCAAUUCUAACGUCAAAAUGUCGACGGAUAUCAGGGAUACGAAGUUAAUUAAGGAAUUAGCUGCAAAUGACAAAAAAACCCGCGAUGCCGCCCUCCUCUCCCUGCGCACCUAUCUCUCCGCCUCGCGCUCCCUCACCCCCCUCGACUAUCUGAAAAUCCACUCCGGGCUCUUCUACAGCAUGUGGAUGUGCGACCGACCACUCCCCCAACAGUCUCUCGCCAACUCUCUCGCCUCUCUCCUGCCCUCCCUCUCCCCCUCCACCCAAGCACCUUUCUACACCGGAUUCUGGGAAAUCAUGUCCAAAGAAUGGGAACGCAUUGAUGUGCUGCGCAUGGAGAAAUUCCUGCUGCUAGUGAGACGCUAUUUGGCAGCUGGUUUUGAGGUUGUGGUAUCCAGCUCUUCCGCACCUGCGGGAAAGAAAAACAAGACGAAAGCUUCGAAGAAAGUGAUUUCGGAAUCCGGAGAGCAGGUAUUAGAAGUCCUAUCUUCCAUUCCCUGUGGUUCGGGCCCCGAUGCGCAACGCACACCGAAUGGAAUGCGCUUCCACGUAAUCGAUAUCUGGAUCGACGAGCUUGAGAAACUGGGUGUGAUCGACGCAGCGAAGGAGAGUGAAGAGGGCGCUGAGAAAUUAGAGAAAUUACUGGAGCCGUUGAGGAAAUUGGGAAAGGAGAGCAUUAAUAAGACGGUCAGGAAUAAGUGUAAGGAGGCGCUGGGGGAUGAGCGCUUGCCGGGGAAUGAGAAGAAGGAGAGUGCAGAGGGGGAUGAUGUGGAAAUGAGUGAUGCGAGCGAGGGAGAGGAGGAUGGAUGGGGUGGGAUCGAGGAUUAA